AUGAUAACCUACCAAGGGCUGAAAUACGCCUGUAUACAUUGUAUCAGAGGUCAUAGGGCGUCGACGUGUGAACACCGUGACCGACCACUACUGCAGGUGCGCCGCCGUGGGAGACCUAUAGGAGAUGGGAUGACUAGAUUAGCUAUUUUGUCGAAAAGUCCAUGUGAGUGCAUCGCAAAUGGCCGUAGAUGUCUGUGUGAUGACGCCCAUCAAACCUGUGUGGUCAGCACUAUUGACUCGAGCUCUGUUUCCUCUGGCAAGGUGUCAAAAAUGACCCUAAGGCUUCGAACCUCGGGUAAGCCUAUAAUAUCAGACGAAGCACAAACAGAUGAAGAGCCAAUUCGUGCAGGAAAGUAUGUGUUUGUUUCUGUCGGCGGUGGGUUAUACCGAAAGCAGCUUGCUUCGGAAUUCGACGCAGUAGAGAGAGGCACGAAUGCAGCCAUGGACCCAUCAUCAUCGUGCGCAGUCAAGUCAUGUUGCAAGCCUCAACCUGAGGCUUCAAGCUCUUGCUGUUCUAAAAGAGCUCCACAAGAACCCCAUUCACAAGUCGAGACUCAACAGGGCCCUGAAGCUUUCCAGGAGUAUGCUCCGCACGAAUCCCAAUCUGCACCAUUUUUAAUUGCGCCAAUGUCUUAUAACGGGCACGGCGUCGAUGAUUUAGGUUUGACCCAAGACGAGACAGAUGAAUUGUGGGGUGCCCAAAGAGAGCUUGAUUUUGCUGCAAUGUGCGUGAUGCCAGGUCAAUGUCAGUGCGACGCAAACUGUGCAUGCGAAAACUGCUACACACAUUCACGGGGCCGUUUCCACGGGAAUGCUCUUUUGUAG